AUUCAUUUUCAGUUUCUCAUCAAUGUUACAUACUUACAAACUGUUCCUUUAAAUUAAAAGCUUCAGUUAUUGUUUUAUUCUUAUUCAGUUAAUUUUGUAUCAUCACAAAAUGAAUGGUAAUCAAAUUCAUACAAUUAUCAAUGUUGAAGUAGUUCAAAAAUUAUCCAGUCGGUUAACACGAGAACAGCUAAAUCCCUCGUUGAAAGAAUAUGUGGAAAAAUAUGGUAUCAAAGAAUGGAGAAACCAUGGAGAAACUAAUGAAAUAGAUGUAUUGUGCUCAAAUGUGGAUUCAAUAACCUUUCACGAUGACACAAACAUGGGAGGAAACAUUUCUGUAUGUAAUGGCACUGUUGAGCACCAGUACCACAUUUUUACAAUUGAAGACAGUGGUCCUGAAUUACAAGAACUUGAUGACAAAGAGGAUCAAGUACCAGCUGCCACACAUUGGCAACUUCCUUCUUCAGAGUUCCACGGGCUUUGGGAAACAUUAAUAUAUGACACUAAUGUUAAAGUGGAAUUGCUCAAUUUUGUACAAACCACUAUGCUGUUUUCUGAUCGUGGGGUUAACAGUAAUAUAAUAAGCUGGAAUAGAGUUGUUCUUCUUCAUGGUCCUCCGGGAACUGGGAAAACUUCCUUGUGUAAAGCUCUCGCUCAGAAAAUGGCCAUAAGAUUAAGUCACAGAUAUUUAAACUCCCAGCUGGUUGAGAUCAAUUCUCAUAGUCUUUUCUCAAAAUGGUUUUCUGAGAGUGGCAAGCUUGUGAUGAAAAUGUUUGCCCGAAUUCAAGAACUGGUAGAAGAUCCAGACUGUUUAGUAAUCGUACUUAUCGACGAAGUUGAAAGUUUGGCGCGUGCUCGUCAGUCCUCAGGCAGUGGUAACGAGCCAUCUGAUAGCGUUCGGGUAGUCAACGCACUCUUGACUCAAAUAGAUCAAAUUAAACGCUUUCCCAAUGUACUAAUCCUCUCAACAUCCAAUAUAUCGGAAACAAUAGAUUUAGCCUUUGUUGAUCGUGCAGAUAUCAAACAAUAUAUCGGACCUCCCACUCCUCGUGCAAUAUAUGCGAUAUAUUAUUCUUGUCUUCUGGAGUUGAUAAGAACGGAAAUUUUGAAAACCAUCGGCUCCUUAAAAGCGAUUCAAGAUUUAGAAAAAGUAUGUUUCGAUGGAAUAACGGACAGUCACACCAUGAAACUGUGGAGUCUUUCCAAGUUGAGCCAAGGGCUGAGCGGUCGAACUUUGCGGAAAAUUCCGUUUCUCACUUGUUCGGUCUUCAUUAAUAGUAUCGAUACUCCAAAUAAUACAAUGUCAUUAUUUCUGAACGCCAUGGAGCGCACAAUCCAGAAGCAGUUCGACGAUCGAAGUGUUAUGCCCCAGCAAUGAUUUUGUCAAUAAAAGCUUGUUUGGGGAUGAA